UUAUUCAGCUUCUCUCUCUACUCAAUUUUGCUGUGCCAGAUCUUCAAACCUAACCCUACUCUUUCCCAAAUAGUAAUUGUUUGAUUCGCAAAUUAGCAUUUUUGUCUUCCUUUGAUCUGCAUUUUGAAUGCUCCUGAUAUAACAUUGAGGGACACUGCUUCCGGUGCCUUGACAUUCAAUUGUUCCUGAACGGCUAAACAGAGAUCUACGAUUUGCCUGCAGUAGUGGCUUGUGGAAGAGCUGCUAUUGAAGGUUGGAGUAUCAAGUGGUUCGUCUUCAUUUUUCACAUGCAUAUAUAAAUUGCAGGCUCCUUCCAUUGGCGCGUGAGUGCUGGCUCAUCGUCAUAAUAACCGACCAGCGUCAUAAUACUUCCUCCAUGGGACCCUUAUGCUCAUUUGUCUAGUUUCUAGUUGUAGUUAGAGUGUGGAAAGAUGGCCAAUCCAGACGAGGAACAACCACAAUCGCAGCGUUCCUAAAUUAGACGGGCUGCUGUAUUGCGGCGUCUGACAUUCAAAGAAGAAGAAGAAAGCAAAAAAGGUAGAAAAUUUGCAGUCUUUCACGCUGUGCAUUCCAUUCGAUAGCUAUGUCGGAAAAUCCGGUGCAACUUCUGUUAAAAGGAGUAGGCAGAGUUUCAGAGUGCAUUCAGACGAAUCUCUCUCGCUUAUUCCCGUGCCCAGAUGAUCCUUCAUCCUCGCAACCCAGAAACAAGACCCCUCUUUUAACGCUCUCCACACCCAAUCACACUCGCCAACCCGCCGAAAUUCUCAACAAGGGAAAAGCAUCAGGCCCAACAACUAAAGAAGAACUUGGAAGAGCUACAUGGACUUUUCUCCACACUCUAGCUGCUCAGUACCCGGAUAAGCCGACCAGGCAACAGAAGAAAGAUGUCAAAGAACUGAUGGAGAUAUUAUCUCGCAUGUAUCCUUGUAAGGAAUGUGCAGAUCACUUUAAAGAAGUUAUAAGAGCGAACCCUGUAAUGGCUGGAUCGCAUGAUGAGUUCUCCCAAUGGUUAUGCUAUGCGCAUAACGUUGUUAAUAGAAGCCUAGGCAAGGUUGUGUUUCCAUGUGAACGAGUUGAUGCUCGGUGGGGGAAGCUAGAAUGCGAGCAGCGCGCAUGUGACCUGCAAGGGACCACCAUGGAUUUCAGCAAUGAAGCAAAAUGAAGGUCGAGUGUUAUAAAUAUUGCUACUGAAUCUUGUAGCCUUAAAUCAAUGAGGAGUAACAUUAUUGGUGGUGCAAGCUAUUCAUUGAUGUUGUUUAAUGUCGAUCAAAGAAAUGCAAAAAUAUCAAUCCAUUCCUUUGUCAUGUA